AUGGAUGUCAAUAGUGAUAUGUAUGGAACAGAGAAGCAUAGUUCCCUUGAAAAUUCUUAUCAGGUAACAGAAAAUCAAGCAAUUCCUGUUUAUGCUGAUAUUCAAACAUAUCCUUGUUCAAAUUGUGGUCGUUGUUUCAAUGCUGAAUCUUUGCGUAAACAUCAACCAAUAUGUAAAAAAGCAUCACAAAAACAACCUCGAAAAAUAUUCGAUACGGGUAAACAACGUGCUAGAGAUUCCGAUGUACCUUAUGCAGCAACAAAAGAAACUAUACAGUUUUAUAAAGAUGGUAUAAAACCUAAAGCAGAUAAUCAAAAGAAAAAAACAAGUAAUUGGCGAGAAGAUCAUAAUGAACUUGUUCGUACAAUUCGUGAAGCACGACAAGUAACACGAGCUAUAGAAACCGGUGCUCCAAUACCUAAACAAACACCAUCUCAAGUUCCAACUGAUUAUAUUCAAUGUGAAUAUUGUCAACGUCAUUUUAAUCAAUAUUCAGCAGAAAGACAUAUUCCAUUUUGUGAAACACAAUUUAAACGAAAACAAAUGCAAUAUACAACAUCAACAAAUAAUAUGCGUACACCUGUUAGAACUAUUGGACAACAAGGACGUAUUAAUCAACAGCAACAUCAAACUAAUUCAGCACCAUCUACAUUAGUAUCACGACGUCCUCAAAAAAUAAAUGGUGAAAAAGAUUAUCGAAGACCACCAUUAAAUCCUAAUAUAUUUAAACGUGCAACUUUUAAUGAAUCAAUGAGAAAGAAUACAAAUGGUACACCACCUAAAUAUGGUAGUCUUCGAAUGACAAAAACACGAAGUGCAGCUGGUAAUUAUUUACCAGGUAUGAUGCGUACCGGUCGAACAACUGAAAAUGAUGGUUUAAAUAUAAUGGCAGCUGCUGGACGAGAACAACAAAAAAAUGAUGUUUCACCACGAUUUCAAACACAACAACAACGGACAACAGGAACGAAAACACGAUCACCUAGUCCAGCACGUCGAAUAUCACAUAUAAAUGGUGGUUUUAAUCAGCAGCAACAACAAAAAACAAAAGCACCGGUCGCAUCGACAGCAGCAAAACAUUGUCAUGAAUGUGGUAAUGCUUUUCCUGUUGAAUGGGCUAAGUUUUGUUGUGAGUGCGGAGAGAAACGUUUUGGUUUCGAAUAA